GUACUUUUAGAACUCUUUUGUAGUUUUGAAGCGUCUAGGACACUCGCGAUGUCAACAGUGUCGCGGAAGUGCUAGGGGUGGAAGGACAAGGUUCGGAUGCCCGAGGGUGGGCGAGUGGAUCAAUGCAUCUGCCGGGGAUCAUGACUUCCGACCCAUCUGGAGGCCACGGGUACCAAGGGGGCAAGAAACGGGUGGGUCGCCGAGGAGAUGCCCAGGGGGAGGCGUGCGCGGGAGACGAACUGUGGUGGACUGAGAGAGUGUUGUGCGAGAUACAAGCGGAGCACCCCGGAGAGCUGGUGAGGACGGGGAGUCCGUACUUCAUGUGCUCGGCUCUACCCUCCCACUGGCGAUCCAACAAGACGCUGCCCGUGGCCUUCAAGGUGGUGGCUCUAGGAGACGUGGUGGACGGCACGCUGGUGACGGUCCGCGCCGGGAACGACGAGAACUACUGCGCCGAACUGAGGAACUGCACCGCCGUCAUGAAGGGACAAGUCGCCAAGUUCAACGAUCUCAGAUUUGUGGGGAGAAGUGGAAGAGGGAAGAGCUUCAGCAUCACGAUCACAAUAUCCUGCAACCCUCCCCAAGUCGCCACCUACAACAAAGCCAUCAAGGUCACCGUGGACGGACCCCGGGAACCUAGGUCCAAGACCAGUGAGUAA